GGACGGUAUAUUUAUUCGUUAAGUCCGCGGUCACACUGGGUUCGUGUUUUUAGCAAAAUUAGUGAGAAAUAACAAAUUAAUUAAAGAAUUAAGCGUUUUUAUGUGUUGACGUCAACCCAGGCGCGAUCUAUGAAUGCCGCUGCUGUGUAAAGUACUCCGUCGCUGAGGGGCAGGGCACACAAAAUUUCGGUGCGAGGCUGCGAACAGGGCCACGAAAUGUAUCUUUAACAUCAGCACCAACCAGCGAGGAAACGAAAAACAACAACAACUACCAUAAGAAGAACAACCCACAAAGAGCCAACGAUUUUUUUUUUUAAGAGUUGCUCUCUUAAGGCCCAUCGGUUUUGGAUCCUUUUUUUUUUGUUAAUUUUUUUGUGUUCGCUUUUGGAGGGCAAAAAACAUUGGACACGGAGUAACACGUACACCUAGGACCCAAACCCAAACCCAAACCCGAACCCGGAGCAGCCAGGGACAGGGGACAGGGGACCGGCCCACUCAUCAAUAUUCGAAAAAGCAAUUGAGACGCGAACCAUCAGCAGGCAUCAGCAUCAAUUCAUCAAUUAUUCAAAAUGACCGAAGACGAAAUUCUCUUUGACGAUGUCUACGAGCUGUGCGAGGUCAUUGGCAAAGGACCCUUCUCCAUUGUGCGACGAUGUAUACAUAGGGAGUCCAGCCAGCAGUUUGCUGUUAAAAUCGUUGAUGUGGCCAAGUUCACAGCGAGUCCAGGACUGAGCACAGCGGAUCUGAAGCGCGAGGCCACAAUAUGUCAUAUGCUGAAGCAUCCACACAUUGUCGAGCUGCUGGAGACCUACAGCUCCGAGGGCAUGCUCUACAUGGUGUUCGAGUUCAUGGAAGGCUCCGACCUGUGCUUCGAGGUUGUGCGUCGCGCCGUUGCCGGUUUUGUCUACAGCGAGGCGGUGGCUUGCCAUUACAUGCGGCAGAUACUGGAGGCGCUACGAUAUUGCCAUGAGAACGAUAUACUGCACAGGGACGUGCGUCCCGCCUGUGCCCUGCUCGCCACCGUGGACAACUCGGCGCCAGUGAAGCUUGGUGGCUUCGGUUCGGCCAUCCAGCUGCCGGGCACGAGGGAAACCAUAGAAACACACGGACGCGUGGGCUGUCCGCACUAUAUGGCGCCGGAGGUUGUCACCAGGCGGCUGUACGGCAAGGGCUGCGAUGUCUGGGGCGCUGGUGUAAUGCUGCAUGUCCUACUAUCCGGCAGAUUGCCCUUUUUGGGCUCCGGCGUGCGACUACAGCAGUCGAUAGCGCGUGGCAGGCUCUCGUUUGAGGCGCCUGAAUGGAAAUCAAUUUCGGCUAAUGCCAAGGAUCUAGUCAUGAAAAUGCUGGCGGCCAAUCCACAUCACAGACUUUCCAUCACCGAGGUGCUCGACCAUCCGUGGAUACGAGACCGGGACAAGCUACAGCGAACACAUCUCGCAGAAACGGUGGAGGAAUUGAAGCGCUACAAUGCUCGGCGCAAGCUCAAGGGUGCCGUUCAGGCCAUCGCCGGCGGCACCACCAUGGAUCCCGUUUAUGUCACCGAUGCGGACAUGCCCAUUGCUGGGGCACCCGACGAAUGGGCCGACGAGGAGGCGGGCAUCGAGGCGGUCCAGCGCAUUCUGGACUGCCUGGACGAUAUCUAUUCGCUGCAGGACGCGCAUGUGGACGCGGAUGUGAUGAGGGAUAUGCUGCGGGACAGUCGGCUGCAUCAGUUGCUGCAGCUCUUUGAUCGCAUCACCUCGACGGUUGUCACCAGCAACGGCCGGGCGCCGGCCGCAGAGGCGGUCACCCGCAGUCGGGAUGUCCUGGAGACGCUCUCGUCGACGGCCGGCAGUUCGGUGGCCAAUAAGUAUGCCAAGGAUGAACUAAUGCUGCUGCUGGCCGCCCCACACAUGCAGGCCCUGCUCCAUAGCCACGAUGUGGUGGCCCGCGAUGUGUACGGCGAGGAGGCGCUGCGCGUUACCCCGCCACCGAUGGUGCCCUACCUCAACGGCGACGAGAUGGACAAUGUGGAGGGCGGCGAGCUGCAGCAUGUGACCCGAGUGCGGCUGGUGCAGUUCCAAAAGAACACGGACGAGCCGAUGGGCAUAACGCUGAAGAUGACCGAGGAUGGGCGCUGCAUUGUGGCAAGGAUUAUGCACGGGGGUAUGAUACAUCGACAGGCAACGCUGCAUGUGGGCGACGAGAUACGGGAGAUCAAUGGCCAGCCGGUGCAGCAUCAGUCGGUGGGCCAAUUGCAACGAAUGCUGCGCGAGGCACGCGGUUCUGUUACCUUCAAGAUAGUUCCUUCGUACCGUAGCGCUCCGCCACCCUGCGAGCUUUUCAGGAUCAGACCCGCUCCGGUGCUUAUUUUCGUGCGCGCACAAUUUGAUUAUAAUCCGCUGGAUGAUGAGCUUAUACCCUGCGCCCAGGCGGGCAUAUCAUUCCAAGUGGGCGACAUACUUCAGAUCAUUAGCAAGGACGAUCAUCACUGGUGGCAGGCGAGACUGGACACGGUUGGUGGCUCGGCGGGCUUGAUACCAUCGCCGGAGCUGCAGGAGUGGCGCAUUGCCUGUCAGACGGUCGACAAGACCAAGCAGGAGCAGGGAGAACCGGGUGCUGGAUGUUCCGCUCACGCAGAUGGGUGUGAUGGAUCAGCAGUAAACUGUUCGAUAUUCGGGCGCAAGAAGAAGCAGUGUCGCGACAAGUACUUGGCCAAGCAUAAUGCCAUAUUCGAUAAUCUAGAUGUGGUCACUUACGAGGAGGUUGUCAAGGUGCCAGUCGGUGAUCCGAACUUUCAGCGCAAAACGCUGGUGCUAUUGGGAGCCCAUGGCGUGGGCAGGCGGCAUAUUAAGAACACCUUGAUAUCCAAGUAUCCCGAUAAGUACGCCUAUCCCAUACCACAUACAACGAGACCUGCCAAGCCCGAGGAGGAGAGUGGACGCAGCUAUUACUUUGUCUCGCACGACGAAAUGAUGGCGGAUAUCGCCGCCAAUGAGUACUUGGAAUAUGGCAUUCACCCAGGCACGCACGAGGAUGCGAUGUAUGGCACCAAGCUGGACACUAUCCGACGCAUACACACAGACGGCAAGAUGGCCAUAUUGGAUGUGGAGCCGCAGGCACUGAAGAUACUACGCACAGCCGAAUUCACGCCCUAUGUGGUCUUCAUAGCGGCCCCCUCGCUGCAGAAUAUCGCCGAUUACGAUGGCAGCCUGGAGCGUCUGGCAAAGGAAUCGGAAAUGCUGCGUCAAAUGUAUGGCCAUUUCUUUGAUAUGACGAUUGUGAACAACGACAUUAGCGAUACGAUUUCCGCGCUGGAAACGGCCAUCGACCGAGUGCACACCACUCCCCAAUGGGUGCCAGUCUCGUGGCUCUACUGACAAGACAGUGAACUGGAAUGCCCCGAUUGCCUCGAGGGUUGCGAUUGCGAGUGGGAUGCAUAUACACAGGCCUCCAAUGUGGCGCUCUACUGAGUGCAAUACCACAGUUACAUCACACCUACUACACACCACAAACACCAUUUAAGUAUUACCAAGGCACAAAAAUAUACAACACAGCAACAGCAACAGCAAUAGUAGCAAAAGCAAAAGCAACCGCAACAGAAACAGAAAGACAUGAAGACAGAAUGCGCUUGGCGCCGAGAUAUAUGUAGGUAUGAGGAUAUAGGAGAGGGUAUUGUGGGUAACUGCGGUCGCAACGUAAACACAAAAUGUUAAUUGUAAAACGAGCUGUAUUUUGCCUUAUACUUUGUUAAAUCCUAAGUGUUUAAUUUUACAUUGUAUUUGCCAUUCCAAUGGGCUGCCCUCAAACAGGCAGCCUGUGUCAUUAUGUUUAUUAUAUUUAUGAUUGUUUGUUCUGUUAAAGUUUUUGUUUGUACCCGUACUCGUACUCGUACUAGUAUUUAUUUUGUUUCUUUCUGUCAGACAGCAUUAAACGCUUAUGUUAAUCUUGCACUUGUUAGUGUCUAAGUUAACUAAAACACAAACCGAAAUCGAAACAGAAACAGAAACCGCAACUAAAAAACACUCUAAAUUGUUUUAAUCAAAGAUUAUUUCCAUAAACACAUACGAAAAUAAAAAAAAAAAUAAAAAACACACCCAAAAAAAUGAAGAAAUAGAAAUCCGAAGAAUGUUUGAAGAAAACGAGUUAGUAAAUUAUAGCAACAAAAAACUACGUAAUUAGUUAUAAUUAAACAUAACAGCAAACCAGAAUAAAAACCAACAAGAAGAGAAGUUCAGGAAAACGUUAAAAACAAUAUGAGAUGAGAGCAAUUUCAAGUGUUUCAAGCCCAAAAAAAAAAGUAUAAAAAAGCAAAUUAAUUACAUAUGGAAGAGCAAAUGGGGACAACCGAUCGUAAAGUGUACGUUUUAAAUGCAAUAAACAUUAACAAAAGGACCCGUAUAACAUCACUUACACACGAAACAAACAAACAAAAAAAUACACUAAAAUAUUACCAAGAAAGAAAACAAACAAAAAAACCAAAUUGUUGACGUUUAAAUAAAUUCAAUGGGAAAUGAUUAAUAAUGCAAUCAUAAACGAGUUAAUAAUAAUAAGAAGCAGGCGCGUUUAAAUCAAGCAAAAGCAAUUAAAGGACAAAACAUUAAACCAACAAAAAAAAACAUAGAGUGAGCACAAAAACAACAAAAAGAAAACACAUACUAACAGCAAUUACAGCAAAGAAGUAAAUCAAAUAAGAAUUAAACUAUUUAGAGGCCAAUGAGAGCUGGUGGAAGAGUGCGCGACGGGACACAACAGGACACGUAUAAAUAUAGGAAGACACGAAGGAAGAAGAGAAUGAAUGAAUGAAUGAAAUGAUUAGUACAGAAAAUAUGUGCUGUAUGCAGAACAUACAGACAUAUAUAGGUAUAUUUUUCGAACAACUCAAAACUCAGGUUGGAUACAUUGAAAAUCAGUCAAGUUCAAUAAGAUAAAUAUAGCGGAGCGCUUCCUUUUAACCCACAGCCAAAAAAAAAAGCAAAACGAAAACCUUAACAAAACCCAAUCGAAGUUUACAAUGGAUUAAACAGUAUCGAAUCGAAUCGAAAUGAAUUGCAGUUUACCCACAAGCCACAAGUUACCACCCUAGCAGCAGCAGCUUCUGCAGAAAUCUUUUCUAAAUGCUUUACAAGUACAAAACAUGUCUUUAGCAAUCAGAUUUUUAGCCCCGAAAACCCCCAGGCUCGCGCUCACUAGCUUUCUCCUCUUGCUCUCACCGAAGCUUAUCCUGCUCCCGUUUGAUUGGCAAAAUCUUCUCCAGGCUUGGGCUUGAUUGCGCUUCUCCAGAGCAGGACCUAAGCUGAAUCUAGACCUAACACUAAGGAGUGCACAUGCAAUCACAACAAAGAAACAAGGAAACAAAAACUGGUUAGAAUUGGAAAAUGUGUUUGAACAAGCAAAAACCACUUACGAUUAAUAUUAGACUAAAAAAAAAACAUUUGACAUUUGACUUUGUAAUUCCUACCACCUACAACCCUCCACCCCCAGAAACACCACACUCCUCACUCCAUUUAAGCCAGAGCUUAGUUCGAGCCUAACCACAGAACCCACAUCGAUUUCCACACACACACACACAAAUGAAUUACCAGAACAAUUCUAUGGUUUCAAAACGGUUGAACAAUUUUUGCAUAGAGAAUUAUUGUUGAACGCUGGGCUAUGACUUUUUGGUUCGGAGCGUAUGACAGCAGGCAGGCAAUGCAAAUCAUAGAAGUAUCCCAAUGAAAAACCUACCCGAAACUGAAGAACUAAACUACCUACCCACAACCAGAUACAAAAUAAAAGAAAAACCGCAAAAAAAAACAAGCAGCCGAGUGGCCAAAUUAACUAAGUAUUUUACCCUUAAAAAAAAACAAAAGAAAACCUAAACAAAACGAUGAAGUCGAAGAACAACCGGAAGCGGAAGUGUAUGUAUAUGUUGCAGCUAUCCCCCUCCCCCCCAACCUAGGCAGGGUGUGCCAGAUAAAAAAAAAGUCUAAGGAAAAAUGCUCAAAUCAAAAAUCAAGUAUUUUAUGGUAUAAAAACCGUGAGGAAUGAUCAUAAUUAGAAUGAAGGGGAAGUCGCGUGUAAGAGUUGGACAUUCCAAGAAUGAGCUAGAAUUUCGAAGGGAUUCGUUUCUUAUUUUUAACUGAUCCUUUUUUCUUAGCUGAUGCGAGCAAAUUGUAGCUGUACACUAAGAAUAAUUUCACACUAAGAUUAAGCGAAAAUUUAUUGUUGAUAUUACAUAAAAAAAAGAAAAGAAAUGGAAAACGGAUAUUGGAAAUACCAGAAGACUCAUUGAAGCAAGCCAAAUGGAUUAGAAUUUUUCUCUAAUUUGAUAAGUGGUAGACGAUGAUGAAGGAGCUAAGGAUAAUGAAGAUGGUGACGAGUUGAUAAUGCUUAUGAUCUCCAAAAGUCAAUAUGUGUAGGAUUGACACGAUUUGAGCAAAUUGAGUGAAUUGUUAUUAAAAUAAUAAAUGAAAUGAGUGGCUCAGAUGGAUCGAUAUCGAUUCAUUGAUGCUGAAAUAGGUCAAGACGUUAGAAAAUAUCAUUUAAAGUAAAUGAUACAAAUGUCAUAAUAUAUACAUAGUUUAAAAUGAAAAUAAUAAUAACAAAAUCAGAAGAAAAAUGGGUAAAAAUGGGAAUAAUGCGAAUUAAAAACAGAAACAGAAAAAAAAGAAAAACAAAAACAACCAGUAAACACUGAAAUACCGAAUUUUAAAUACAUAAGUUUUGAAUCAUGCAUGCCGCAAAGACAAAGAAAACCCAACACAGAAAAAGAAAUUAAUAAAAAGAACCUCUAUAUAUGAAAAUGAGAAA